AUGAGUGAAGAGAAUAGUGAAGAAGUUGCAAAAACCCGCCCAACUCCGCGUUUGAAUGAAAGGAUUCUUUCAUCUAUGUCAAAGAGAUCAGUUGCUGCACACCCUUGGCAUGAUCUUGAAAUUGGACCUGGAGCACCUCAUAUUUUCAAUUGUGUUGUAGAGAUCACUAAAGGAAGUAAGGUCAAAUAUGAACUUGACAAAAAAACCGGAUUAAUUAAGGUCGAUCGGAUUCUGUAUUCGUCCGUUGUUUAUCCUCAUAACUACGGAUUCAUCCCUCGAACUCUAUGCGAAGACAACGAUCCACUCGAUGUCUUGGUUCUCAUGCAGGAGCCUGUUCUUCCUGGUUGUUUCCUGCGAGCUAGGGCCAUCGGACUAAUGCCAAUGAUCGAUCAGGGAGAGAAGGAUGACAAAAUCAUCGCGGUAUGCGCUGAUGAUCCCGAGUAUAAGCACUAUUCUGACUACAAAGAACUUCAGCCUCAUCGCCUAAUGGAGAUUCGUCGCUUCUUUGAAGAUUAUAAGAAGAAUGAGAACAAGGAGGUAGCAGUUAAUGAGUUCUUGCCACCAUCCACUGCUGUUGAAGCCAUCCAACACUCAAUGGAUCUCUAUGCUGAGUAUAUUAUGCAUACAUUGAGGAGAUAG